GUUAUUCCGGAGUGUAUUUCUUGACCAUCCUGAAAAUGUCUUUGAAAUCAACUCGUGUUACUAAUGACUCUUCACCAUACGUAGGAAUCUACAACAGAAAAAUCAACCAAUCAGAAAGCAGUGCAGAUGUUUCUGGGUCCAGAUUAACGCUUUGAUUGGUCGUCAAUGGGAGGUUUACACACGUUAUCUCAGAGGUCACCAACAUGGCGCUGUCCAUCCUGAAUACACACACUACAUAAAUCUCUGAGUGUAUGACUUUUGUGUAUAACUAUGAUGGGUUAUAGUGAUUUUAAAUGAACGUCGACCCACCAAAUUAUUAUUUUGCUGCUAGAUUAUUGUAGGAUAUUUUUUAUUUCUUGAACUAUGUCUGGUUCAAAUGCUUGGACUCGCAGCAGAGCGAGAAUGAGACUCUUCCCAGAGCUGAUGGCUCAGUGCUCAGGAGAGGCAGCUGCUUAUGGGAAAUGUGUGGCCGCCACAACCACUGGAAAACAGGAGCUGACCAAAAACAUGUGUGUCAAAGAAUUUGAAGCACUGAGAAGCUGCUUUCAAUCUGCUGCAAAAAAGGGAGUAAAGUGAACAACAUCAUGACAGCGCUGGAGAUCAUUUUAAAUAGCCAGUAAAACAUUUAUAGUGAUCUUUUGUCUUCUUUCAUAGUUGCUUUUGUAAUUUCUCAUUGUAAAUACACAUAUAUAUUAAUGUGUUUCAAAUGGAUAAUUGUAUUGUGCAUAAAACUACAAUAAUAUUUUUAAAUAAAAACAUAUCGUUACAAUAUAAUAUA